GAUGAGCUUUUCUACAAAACAGUCAAUGAAUUCUGACGGACUAUAUCGACCACCUUGUAAGUAUGGGAGAACUUGUUAUCGAAAAAAUCCUCAACACUUUAAAGAAUUUUAUCAUCCAGAUAAUGAAGUAUUGGUUGGGCAUUAUACCACAAGCACAAACAGCACCAAAGAUUCAAAAGACAUAUCAACCAAUGAAAAUUUCUAUGGCAUUUAUCUCUUUCGCGUAUCUGGUGUAAAGUACGGUAGAAUUCCUACUAUAACCUUAAAGGAAAUUUUUAAUUCCUCUGAUGAUGAACUUGUAUCUUCAAUUCAAUUUAAUUAUAUGUUUGAUAUACCAUGGCUAAGAGAACAAUAUCCUGAGCGCUUCAGAUCACUACCACUCACUAUUGUACACGGUUUCCAAGGAAAAAUGAAGAAAUCAUUAGAUGAAUCUGCUGCAAAUUACAGUAAUAUACGAAUUUGUCAAGCCCAUAUACGUUUGCCAUACGGUACACAUCAUACAAAAAUGAUGAUGCUCAAAUAUAAAAAUGGUUUAAAAAUUAUCAUUCAUACAGCGAAUAUGAUAUCAGAUGAUUGGGAUCGAAGAACUCAAGGAAUUUGGAUUAGCCCGAAAUUAAAGUUAUUAAGUAUAGAACAACUGAAGAACUUGAAUGACACAGAUUCGAGAACUAAUUUUCGUGCAGAUCUACUUGAGUACUUAAAAUCAUAUGGGAGUGAUUUAACCCAGUCAACCAGUUCACCUUUAUUUGAAUGGAUUAAUUGUUUGCACAGUUAUGAUUUUCGACCAAUUAAGGUUGUAUUAAUUGCGUCAGUCUCCGGAAGACAUGUUGGCGAGUCACUAAACAAAUUUGGUCAUCCACGUUUAGGAGAGGUAUUACACACAUGUAAUAGUCAAAUACCUUCGUCUUGGCCAGUGAUUGGCCAGUUUUCAAGCAUUGGUUCUUUAGGUAUUAAACCUACCGAUUGGUUUACCACUGAGUGGUCAUCAAGUUUAGCCGGUAAAGGUGCCAGAGGCUUACGAAUGAUUUAUCCGUGUGUUGAAAAUGUUCGUAAUAGUUUGGAAGGUUAUUUUGCCGGUGGAUGUUUACCAUAUACAAAGAGAACAGCUGAAAAACAACCAUGGCUUUGUCAGUUCUUUUAUCGUUGGCAAGCUUUUGAACAUAGUCGAUCUGCUCCUCACAUUAAGUCAUACACUAGGAUGUCACCAGAUGGUCAACAAAUAGGAUGGUUUCUUCUAACUAGUGCAAAUCUUUCAAAAGCUGCUUGGGGUGCCUACGAAAAAUCAAAAACUCAAUUGAUGAUUCGUUCAUAUGAACUGGGUGUGCUGUUUUUGCCAACAAAUUACAAGGAAUCAGCCUAUUCAUUUGAAGUUUUAAAAAACAAUGCAAAAUAUUCUCAAUCAUCAGCAGAUGAAUUAUUACCCUUUCCUAUUCCAUAUGAAUUACCUCCAGUGAAAUAUCAAUCAAACGAUGAACCAUGGAUUGUGGAUAAACCUCAUAGUCUACCUGAUAUAUUUGGUCAUAUUUGGGAGCCCUCUUGAAUACUGUAUGAAUAAAUUGACUUUUUUUCUAUUUCUGAAGACAAUAAUUUUAUUUGUAAUUAUUUUCAAAUAUUUCCAUGACAUGAUCAUGGUUUAUAAUGGAUCGGUUAUUUCUUCUUUGAAUUGAAUAUAUCUCUUUAAUAAUGUAUACUCUUUUAUAUAAGAUGAUCCUUAUUUUACAUUUAAUUAAUAGUUAUUUAUGUGUUUCUUAUUGAGAGAGAGAAAAAGAAAAGGAGGGAGAAAGAUAAAUAUAGACAACUAAACAGAAAAGUAACUAAUCUAUCCAAAGUAAACUGUGUAUCACACUUUCAGAAUUAUUUUUAAUUUAAUUAAACAUUUUAAAAAAAUCUAUCCUUCCUUUUACAAUGAGUUUAUCUUCAUUUUGUAUACAUUUGCAACCCGGUAUAAUUCUUCUGAAUUUAUUAUUAUUAUUUUUACCAAAGUUUGUAGAAAUAGACUACAAGAAACUCACUUUGAUAUGAAGUAUAAUUUUCUUCAUUUUAGUUAGUUUGUGAAUGCAAUGUUUAGACUAAUUAUAAAGGCCCUUAAGUUAUAAUUCUCAUUCAAUCAAUUUGGAGUUGGAAAGUUAUUCAGUAUAUCAUUAGUAUUUU